AUGGCGGCCCGUGCAGUUGGUGCGGGUGCGGUGCAUCUUGAGAGGACACGCUUCACGAUGUACCAUUCAAAUAUGCAUUCCCUCGACUGGCGAGAUCCCGAAGAACGACAACGAGACGCCGAAAAGGCGAAAAACAAAGGAAAAGGUUACGGUGUGAGUGCUCAAUCGGGUGAGCAAGCCAGAAGUCACUUCAAGAAAAGAGCCGGCAUGUUGGAUGUGAAAUUGACGCUUUGUGAUUGGACGGUUUUUCUUUCAUUAGCUGGUUUAUCGCUUGCCAUUGUCGAUGUUGAGCUGUGUGCUUUCAAUACCGAAUUUGGAAGCCACCAUCUAGAGAAUGCUUCUACCGUUCUCCGCUGUAUCAUAAUCGGGUUGACUUUUCUGCUCCAAUUGGUUCUUCUCGGAUAUCAUCUCACCGAUAUACGAGUUUAUUUGAUUGAAACGAAUAGCGAAAGCUGGCGUGUUGGAUUGACAUUUGAGAGAAUUGUUCAAGUACUUGCGGAGAUUGCCGCUUGUGCAUGCUGUCCAAUACCAGCAAAAUUUCUUUGGAAAGACUCAGUUGUGUGGCCAUUUCUUUCCGGAUCCCCUCUAUCAGCACAUGGAUUGAUCAAGAUUCCCACACAUGUUCUCUUGACAUUGCCCAUGUUUUUGAGGCUUUAUUUGGUUGGAAGAUACAUGGUGUUACAUAGCCGAUAUUAUCAGGAUUGUGCUACAAAAACGAUCGCUUCAUUGAAUCGAGUGGCUGUCGAUUUCCGUUUUGUCAUUCGUUCCGAACUCUACCAACGCCCCCUCCUCUUCAUUUUUGUCUUCACAAUUUGUUUUUGGAUGGUGAUGGCAUGGAUGGUGACACAAUGUGAAAGAUACGCUUACCCAAAUCUUCCCGGAUAUCAGCACUUACUAGAUUUCAUCUGGUUCGAGAUUAUUACCUUUUUCUCAAUUGGCUAUGGGGAUAUCAAAGUGCAUACAUAUUGUGGAAGAGCUCUUGCUAUGGUGACUGCGUUAGUGGGAACAAUCUUUUCGUCGAUUUUGAUCGCAUUGAUGGCGCGGAGAAUGGCAUUGUCAAGUAGUGAGAAACGGGUAAACCAUCUCAUCGCUGAGAGCCAAUUGAGCUUGACACAUAAAAAUUGUGCUGCUCGAGUGUUACAGAACACAUGGAGGACGGUGUUGAAAAGGAGAGAGGUCGAAAAAGAAGGACCUGGACAAAAAGCGGUAAUGAAAUUGAGAGCUGCACAACGAGCUCUAUUAAGAGCAAUAUUAGAAUUUCGUCGUUCUCGUUGGCGUCUUCGAAUGCAAAUGGAAGAUGAAGAUGACUACUUUAUAGCUCGCAGGGCUUUUAUGGAAACCGAGGAGCGCUUAUCACGUGUACGAAAGAGACAAACACAACUUAAUCAACAAAUUGGAGGUCUUUAUGAACAUGUACAGAGUUUGACUCAUUUGAUACAUUUGAGAUCUUGU